GUGAAACGGUAAAAAUGUUCCUUCCGGUACUGACCAUCAGUACAGUAAGUAAGUAUGUGGACAAUUUAGAUUAAUUUGAUACGGUAUGGCUAAUGCAUUAUCGUAAAAACAUGACCUACGAAACUUGAUCCAGUUGUUUUGCGUACGCUAGUUUGGAAUCAAUUUCCCAAAGUUUCAUUCAAGCAUAGUUGUUGGUGUGACCUUUUUAUCCCUACCUACAUCCUCAACGAAUAGCUGUUACUUAGACAAAUAGCAUGUCAAAAUCGAAAGACUCAGCUCUAAAAUUCUUCCCUUCAAAGAAUGUGAGGCCACUCUCUGGGGUUCUUGCUGCCAGAACAGUGACCAUUCCCCCGAAGCAAAGGAAUGAGUUCACAUUAAGUUCUCGGGCUCAAAAUACAAAAACAGAAACUUCCUCAAAGGCUGAACAAGAUGUGUCUGAUGCUGCUCUUAACGACAGGCUCAUAGAGGAUUCAGAAUUUUUGCUCCAAGCCACUUUAUUCUUACAAACCGCUGAAGAGCAGUUAAGUAGUAUCGAAUCUUCCUUGAAGCGCCCGAUGUAUCCAAGGAACUUACUUGGUCUGAACUUGGAGAAUUGCGAGGACAAAAAAUACGCCAAAGACAUUGUGGGAGCUAUUUUAAGCGGUCAUACCUUGAAGCGAGAGAAUUUUUUUUCUAUACCUACUCGCCUGAAACGACAGUCGGUCUCUGACAAACCACCAGAAGCAUUUAAAGAAAACAGUCUGAAGCCUGAAUCUAAACUCAGCAGUAUCCAUAGAAAAAAAGUACGACAAUCCUCUGAAAAUAAAGUUGCAAGUUCACAAAAGGAAUUGCACAAAUUUCUCAGAAUUAGUGGACACCGAACUACUGACAAAGUGUCGCAGACAUCAAGCUCAACAGAGAGUAAUUUUCCAUCUCAAAGUACAAUUCCUGAGCACAGUAGGUCAGAAGCAAGUGAAAAGAGUCAACUGGUUGACAAGCUAAGGAAAAACAAAGAGUAUUUUAUAUCUGGUGAAGCAAAGCAUGAGUAUCCUGUGCCGUAUCAAGUGACUAGAAAAAAAAUGACGAUAGAAGACAUUCCCAUCUGUGUCACCACUGACCUAAAAACACCUAACAAUGCAGCAUUGAUAAAUAUUCUCAGUAAUACCACUGAACGAGAAGAUGACAGUCCUACAAAAUCUAAACUUGCUAAAAAUUCCUUGAAAAUACAAGCAAUGCCAUCAAUAAAUAUUAAACCAGCAUUAACCCAAGAAACUUUCACACAAGUUGAUAUCCAGCCGUGUAAAAGUUUACAAAAAGAGUUCGCUACCAAUAAAAAUGUAUCAUUCAUCGAAAUCGUGCAUGAUGAAAAUAGCAAAAUAAUCAGGAAAGGAACUCCUUUUUCUGGAAAUACUUAUAUGGACGGAUUGAACAGAAAGCCAAAUUUAAACGCUGAAAGAUUGGUUACAUUCAGAGAGACCAACUUGGAACAUGUUCCAAGGCAGGAGUGUGUCCCUAAGCAAGAACCUUUGUUGGUAAAAAAACACAAAAUUUUCAGGCGAGAAAGACUUGAUCAGAUCCUGAAUACUAUCACAGACAAGCUGACAGCUCAAAUUGAAAUCCCUGAUGAAAUUUUAGAGAACGCAAUUGAUCGAUUGUGGGAUUUGGGAGAUUAUCUUGAGGACAUGUACACAAACGCUGCAGGGAAUUUUCAUCAAAAAGUGCGCCUCAAUUUUACCUCAUUAUGGCUUCAUGAAAUAGUUCGGUUAAUUGAUAUUGAAAUGAAAAGGAAACCGGACUCACUGAACACUGGGAUUCCAACUAUUGUCCAGUAUAUCAUUUCAGAAAUUCAAUGUAAAAGUGCAAUCAAUUAUCAGCAGUCUUGUAUUAUAGCAGAAGAGAAUGAUGAAAUUAAAUUUUACUGUGAGCACGAUUCUCCUCUUAAUCUACAAUACAAGCACAAGCUUGGGAAUCAAUCAGUAUCAUUUCGGAGGUCCUCCAGAAACAGUCCUCAGACUAACAAUAGACCUCUCACAAAUAGUCUUGCCUCAAAAGCAAAAGAACACCCAGAGAGUAAAAAAUCUCACAAUUUCCUUCUUGAAGAUUUUCAAGAGCCAAACAAAGCUAAUAGUGAAAAUGUAGGGGCAAAUUUAAUUCCACAAAUUCUCAGUUCAAGCAGAAGCAAACUGACUUCAAAAACCGUACAUGGUCUCUCGAGCAAACGAAAUCUAGAAAAUUGUAUCGAAGUCGGAAGUCAGGACCACUCUGUGCCGGAAAAAUUAGUCACCUCCAAAAUAAAAAAUACUGAUGGAAGAGAAACCACCUCCAAAAAUAACUUGAACUUUCAUGAGAAAAAUAAGUUUAUGAAUGCUGAUCAGCGUCAAAAAGUCAUUCAAAAGUUGGGUGCCGAAGUCAAAAAAAUGUUAAGUUGGCAUGAGGAAAUGCAGCCUCGCAAAGACAUCAAUAGGCUGCCGAACCAUUCUGUUUCUCACAAUGCUUGUAUAAAAGCAAGUGUUACUUCUUCACCAAAAAUUACACCACCUGUAACAAUCCCUCCCCCCAUUUUACCCUCCAAGGAUGAAAUACGCAAUGUAGAAAGUUGUAAUGAGGUAAUCGGUGCUGAGACAAAUUUUCAAGAAAUGGUGAAAGGGAUUGACCUCAAAGUUGCCUCUUCUUUAAGUGCCUCAUCAAAGUCUACUGUAACUGAGCAGGUCUCUCCGGCCAUUGCAAGCGGAGAAGUGGCCUAUGAUGAUGACUGGGAAGAGGAUUCCAACACUCCUUCUAAUACAAGUGGCUCCCAAAAUUCCUGCCACAAGAGAGUAAAUGGUAGCUCUGAGUCAAUCAAUUUUAAAUCUGAAAAACCUGAACCUGUCAAAGGAAGAGAGGACAAGCAAGAUAAGCAAAAAAGAAACGAUGAAAUCUCUGAGACAAACAGUAGCAACUCUACUCUACACGCUGAAAAAUCAAAGGUUUCGAAAAUCAAUUAUGAUAUAACCGCAAAGAGUCCUGAAAUAAAUUCAUCAACACCUGAGGCUGUUCAACUUCAAAGCGUGAAGUCUUCCCAGAAAUCACUAAACUAUGCUUUGCAAGAGGGCUACUCUGAUAACUCCCAUCCAAUUAAAACUUCAGUGUCAUCUGAAACUGACAUUGCAAGUGAUUUCGGUGAUCAAGAAAUCAGCAUUUUAAACACAAGAUCAGAUAAUGCUCAGAAUUCCGAUUCAGUCGGAAGGAAGUCUUGCAUCCCAUCCGAGGCUGAAACAGUGAAAGAUUUGAGCCAGCUUAGCAGUGAGGUGGCGGCUCCUCAGUCUAUGAGUCUACAUUUUCAGGAAAAUUCUCACAAAGAAAAUGACUCAGGGAUUGUUCAACAGUCACUAGAAUACAACCUACCUAGCAGAAAGGAUGAUCUUGUUGACCAGGGAAAAAGGCCAGAAAUAGAAAAUUAUGAGCAGCCCAUGAACGGCAGUUUGGCAUCCAUGAAACUGUCCAAAAGUUGCCAAGCGUUGGCUGAAAAUGUCGUGCGGGUAGAGGAAAUGAAGAAUGACCUUUUGAAAGCUUUUAUUAAAUCGGGAAAAGGAUCGGCACCCAUAGUUUCUCAUGCGCUAUCGUCACCAGACCUGGCAAGAAAACCUAGCAGCAAGCGGAAGAAUUCGAGACCAAAUUCGGCCCCUGAGUAUGAAUCUACCAAUAUAGACAUGUGUGUUAUUAAAACGAUUAGUGUAGAAUCUGAAAAUUUACCCUGUGAAGAAGUAAAAAAAUGUGAAAAUGCAGUUCAGUCGAGAGCUGAUAUUUCUGAAAGCAGACCGGGGAAGGUAUCUCACACUGCUUUGCAAGCCAAAGAUUUAAAACAGGCUUUCAGUGACCUAUCAUUUGAGCCAAGUGUUAAUGAAUUAAGUGCCCUGUCUCACGUUAAAGAACCGAUAGAGGCACUUUCGCGGCAUGAAAAUUUACAAAUGGACCAGACUUGUAGCAAUUUUUCUUCCAAGUCUAGCUGCAAUGAUUCAGGCACUAAGCUCAGUGUGCAGGCACAUGUGGCACAUACUGAUUUAGCAAGACCCAGGCCUUUUUGUGAUUUAACACCGAAGUCUAGCGCAAAUAUAUCACACACCGGACUUCUUGAAGAACUGUCAAAAGCAUGUUUCUUGCAAAAUGAUUUAGAAUGUAAGAACGGUUUUAGCGAUGUAUCAUCUAAGUCUAAUCUUAGUGUUUACGAUUUUGAAAAUGUUAUUCCAACCCCAUCAAAGGUGUCUUUGAGGAAGAAAGAUUUUGAAACAAACCAGGCUUUCAGUGAUUUAUCAUCCAAGUCUAGUGUAAGCUCAGUAGUCUCUGAGCCUGGCACUCAAAGCUCAGCAGAAGCUUCAUCAGCAUCUGAUGACAUGCAGCCAAUUUUUGUUUCAAAAACAGCAAGUGAAAAAGGACAUUUAGAAGUCAUUGAUGAUAAGGAAAAAGUUAGCGAGAAUGAGACUUCUAGUGAUUUGAAUAUUGUCGAGGCGAAAGGAAACAACAUCGCUCAAUCGUUUGUCGAGCUCUCUAAUGAGAUCUUGAAACAUUUAAAAUUAGAAAGUGAGCUUUUAAUGCAACUUCAUCCUUCUGAUCUUGAUUCAGAAGCUAACAGCUCAGUGAAAGGGACUGAAAAUGUAAUUCCAAAAAUUUCAAGAACUAAUCUGAAUUCUUCAGAAACUACGUCAAGUCAUUCAGAACUUGAAGUCGAUCAAGAUGACAUUGUGUUUUUGAGUUCAGAAGCGUCUGCAGAUUUUGAAUGCCUCAUGUCACAACUCUCUGAAAAUGUCAGGGAAUCCGUAGAGAGCAUGGAUGAGUUCUUAGGGGAUAGCGCUGAAGAAAUAUUAAGUGUUCUUUCAUCGGAACGAUUUAGAGUUGAUUGUUCUCAAGGAUUAGACGCCUCAAUCAAAGAAAUUUUGUACAGUGAUGUUGUUGAUCCAAGCAAUUUUGUAAUGGAACGUUUUUAACGUUUUUGCAUUAGUCUGGUCCAGUUCGUAAUAUACCCCAACUUCAAAUUGAUAAUCAUCUUGAACCCAGAUAUUUUUUUUCUGCAAUGCUUUUACGAAAGCCCAUUUAUUUUUAUCUAAUUUUUUAUUUAAGCUAAUUUUAUGUUUUAAAAAAUUGUAAUUACCACAAGAACUACAUGCUUUGUAUCUCUCUACAAGAAUUCAAUUUUCAAAGAUGUGAAUGUUGUCCUCUAGGAUAUGAAUACAGCAGUGACUCAAUGGAAAAUGAAAUUUAAGCUGUUAGCUCAAUGUUUUAAACAAUUAGGUAAUAGCAAAACAAUAUCAAAAGGAAAGCAAUAUUUGUCAUCUUCGUUAAAAAAAUGUUUAUUCUUGAGAAUAUCCCCCUCAUAAUGUGGGAACAAUUUUUAAUUAUGCGCAUGCCCACUGUGAGCGCACUAUUACGUUGAACUUUGUAAAAUUUGAAUUAUUUAGGUAUUGUUGUAAAACAUAUGAUUAGGAAAUCAGUUUAUGGAAUUUAUUUUUUUACACACCAUUUCAAGAAAAUGCUUUAAUUAGAUAAUACCCAUCAUACCAGUAAUAACUCUUACCAUACCCUCAGAUUUAUAAGUAAAAUGUGUUCAACUUUGUACCUAUUUUACUUGGAUGAAUUCAGAUAAUUUUAUUUUUCUGCCUUGUAUUGACCAGUCAUACCAGUAUUGUUGUCAAUUGUGACCUAUCUAGAUGAUUAUUCUGUUUCCUUUAAUUAGAUAUUUUUUUAGUUACUUAAAUGUACUUUGUCUACACUUGUUCCAUUAAUUUUAGGUUUCCUUCACUUUUCAAUGGUUACAUAGGUACUUACAUUGAAAUAAAGCUCUCAAAAUAUGGUCUUUUUCAUAUGCUGGUGUAA